AUGUCUGUAAGUCUCCGAAUCUGCUAUGUUCACUUUGAAAUAGUAUCACGCAUUCCGUUUCAGUUCCUCGGACCGCUCAUUCCCACGAUUGCCAGCACGUUGGUCAGUUUGCUCAGGCCGCCACCGCCUCCUCCGCCACUUCCGCCGCCGCCUCCGCCUCCGCCACCGCCUCCGCCACCGGGAAUUCCACCGCCUCCGCCGACACCGCCGCCACCUCCGCCGACCACGACGGAACGGGAUCUGACGAUCGGCUACAUCCUGCUCGCCCUCAUUUUUGUGCUCAUUCUCGCAUCGAUAUGCGCUUCGGGAGCGGCCGCGUUCUUCUGUUAUCAUCAGAAGCAGAAGAAGGAGAUGGAGAUGUUGAGGGAGAACGAACGGACGAACUCGAUGGAGACGGGCUAUGCGAGAGGCGGGCCUUGGCGAGGGAACUAUCCAGAAUCCGGUAGUACAACCACUGGGACCAAGAUGAAGAGGAAGAGGGCCCAGAAGAAGAGAAAGCACACGACAUAGUAGAGAACUUCUGCUCUCGAGCCAUUCCUCCGAUCCUCGAAGAGCCACUUUCAACUCGUUUCUCCUUUUCUUUUUCUUCUUUAAUCUUCCCUUGUUUUUUAAUAAAUGCAUUGCAACAAUAAGUUUAUUAUAACAGAAUUAAGUGAAUUCUUUGGCUGGAAUUUCUGGAACUGAAGGUUUUGAUCAACUUCAAAACAUUUCCCCAUCUUCUUCUUCUUCUUCUUCUUGUCCUUGGUCCCAGUGGUCCCAUCCGAACUGACUGUGAUCAUCUGCGGUUCCUUCUUGUUCUUCUGGUGAUACUUUUUUAAAAAACUUGAUUCUGCUACUAGAAACUUGUUUCAAUUCACUUUUUUCCGUAAAAAAACCUGACCAUUUCGUGCCCCGGCCAGGUAUUCUUUCCAACGUCAGAACAACAAGUUCAUGGGUCAGUCUUGAGAAGAACAAUCUUCGGAUCGGCAUGGUGAGUUGUUGAACUGUAACUCAGCUGCUCGCAGAGAUAUCGAAACGUGUUCAACUAGACAAUUGCUUAGAAACACAUUUUACACAUUUUCUCAGUUGACAACUUUUUGAUAUCUCCACCCGUGGCCGGGAUAUAUCGCAUUGAGUGAACGUUCUUGUUUUGAAUAAGCGAUUGAUCCAGUUCUUUCUAAAAAGUUGUGCAUUUCAGGCUGAUAUUGUUGCCGGAGCGAUAGCAGGAUUUUUUGCCGCCCGGGACCUGCCACCGGAAGUUCCACCACCUCCAGAGACCACUACCGAAACGGAUCUGACGAUCGGAUACGUGAUUCUUGUACUUGGAGUAUUUGCAAUUUGCUCUUGUGUAUGUCUGUCGGGAGCCGCCGCAUUCUACCACGACCAUCAGAAGAAACAGAAGAAGGAAGUGCAGAUGAUGCAGCAGGGAGACGACAAUAUCAACUCGAUCGAGCAGGGACCACCGACCCCGCAGGUUCACUCAACCACUGGGACCACGACAAGUGGGUCCAAGGGAAAGAAGAAGAGGAAGAGCGGAACGAGCAGCUCCAGUGCCAGUCCUCAAAUUCAGGUAAAAACAGUGAGCGGAAAGGUGACAGUUUUCAGUUUUCAGUACGUCUUUGCCAUGCCACCGGGACCACCGGGACCACCGGGACCACUUUUGGUUCAAGCGGACCCAGAGGCUCAACCACAAGAACCAGCAGCUCAGACACCGGCGCCGAUAGUUGAUGCUCCGGCUCUGGAUCCAGCUUCGCCUCAGGAGGGCGAUCAGGAAUAG